UAUGCGUCGUCACUUUCUCCUGUUGCUCGCCCUGCAGAUUUGCAAAUUAUCUGCAGCCCAUCUAGGUUAUGGCAGAAAGGUGCCCAUACCGGCUGGAGGACGAGUUCAGUACCAGUUCAUCCAUCGAGAUUCCUAUCAAUUCGGUUAUGACACUGGAACGGGUCCUAGUCAGUCAUUCCGGGAAGAAACUCGGGAUUCUAAUGGCACUGUCCGUGGACGCUACGGAUAUAUUGAUCCUCUCGGUACUUUACGCAUCGUGGAUUAUAUGGCAGAUCACACAGGAUUCCACAUCCUCUCUUCACUACAACUGACGGCUGAAACACCUUCUACUACUCCACGGCCAACCCUCAAAACAACAACAACUAGGAGUCCAAGAAAUCCGAUUCAGUUGCCAUUUUUAGGAGCUAUACCUCCAUUUUUGCCAAGACAGAAGUAGUUCUGUUUUUGGAAGACAGAAUUUAUUUUCAAAUAAGAGUCGAUAAUCUCCUCCCCCCCCCCAAAAAAAAAUCUUUUGCAGAUUUUAAAAUUACAUUUCAAAUUUCGCUACAUCAUUUUAGACGAUUUUAUAAUAUUAAUUGAUUGUUGCAAAUAAAUAGUUUUUAAUUUAUCGAUAAAAAAAAUAUUCUUUUAUUUUUAAAUGAUGUGA